AUGGACGGCGACAACAGCGAUUACGACUACGACCGCUCUGACUCUGACGACGAAUCCGAGGCAGAGGAUGAACCUGCGCGCCGGGAACGUCUGAUACGCAACGGCGUGGCAUCCUGCCCUGACCCGCCGCGCAACCUCGGCGACCAGAAGGCGGAUGCGCCGGAAUUUGUCAAAUUCGUAGCCGGCCUGCACAGCGACACCGUACGGCUCUUGUCCCUCAUGUGGAGCCGUGCCUCUGACUGGCCGCAAGAUGUGGCCGACAUGUACGACAGGGGCGGCGGGGGAGGCACGAAGAACGCCCUGGAGAACAUGAGCACAGCGGCGGUGGGCGACUUAUUGCACGGCCGCAAAAUUGUAUACCAGGCGCUGCAGAACAUUGCAGAGGGGCUCAAUCUGAGCGCGAAGCUCAUGACUCGAUCACCGCCCAGACAUCCGGGCCACGGAGCCGCAAACAGAGGCGCAAGCGUCGAUACAGGCACGAGCACGACCUUCCACGGCUUUGGGAAACUCCCGACGGAACUUCAGCGCGCGAUAUGGGACGCGGCGUGUGAGCCAAUUCCCUGUGGCCACUACUACGACUCAAUUCGGCCCAAGAACGACGAUGGAUCCUGGCGACAGCUGAGUGUCCCGGAAGGCGCCGACGACGCCGACGACGCAGGCAAUGUGAUGACCGUCCCCCAAUACCACCUACGACACCCUAGCGCCCAUUGGCUGUCCGACCAGGGACUGUGGAGCGCUUGUUGGGCCUCCCGAGCGGCCAUGAAACGGGCAUACGUGAGCUGGGACGUCUACAUGGCGACGCCACUGCCGACAGGCGCGGGUCCGGACGCGAUACCCGGCUUUACGUCCUUGUUUUCGACAGGUCCGCGCUGUUUCUUCAAGCCAUCUAUAGAAAUCGUCUCGGUGCCUAUCGGCAAGCCAGGGACGGCGGCCGGAGACGACGGAGACGACGGAGACGAAGGUGAUGACGGACUCAGCGCGUUUGGUCUGCAACAGCUGCGCGACACCGCUUUGAAACACACAACAGACGGCAAAUUCGACUACUACCACAGAGAAGUAGCCCAUCCCAUGGAAACCUACUAUCUGGACGUCACUGCACGCAACCGGCAGUGGGUCAGUUUACGACGACAGAUUAUGGGCGCCGGGCGGCAUAUGCUCGCACAUGGACUGCGCGUGGACGAGAAGGACAUGUUGAUGGCGAUACAAGAAAAGGCCAGAAAGUGUUGA